GAGGCUGAGGCAGCAGCAGCAUCUCUGGUGUGAUGUGGCGAGACAGAGAGGGAUGACAUAGCGACAGCAUCCGCUAACCGUACAGCUGCAUCUUCCUCUUUAAGUCGGUUUAACUUGCUUGCGUUAGAUAACGCUGUCUGUCUGAGCCGCCUGAUUCGCUUGUCUGUUUCCAGCGGACAGAGCGAGCUAACCUCACGGAGAUUUUGAGCAAACUUGCUCCUGUUAGCUUGCGUUAGCUCGCCGCCCCGCCGCUACCCUUCAGACAUUCAAGCGGCCACAUAAAACAUGCGGAGCAUCGAGGCCGAGACCCCUGGGAUAUCUUUAAACGCUUCCCGCAGGACACGACCUUCGGCUGGACGCUGACUGGACUCUGCAGAGCCGCUGUAGAGGACAGAGAGCGACAGAUCUCAAGGACCAGAUUGUCUGCUGAACUUUUUGCCUCCUAAGACAGAUCGCCAGCAACCAUGUUGACCAUCUUGGCUGCUGGCUCUGUGUUCUUUCCAGGCCUUUUCCUUCUGUCCAAACAAUGCCUGAAGUCCAUCCCAGCACUGAGAUGGAGUGAAGGAGAUGCGGUCAUCGUAUCAGCCAGGUUGGUAUCAUCAGUUCAGGCAGUCAUGGCUUCUUCAGCUGGCUACAUCAUUGCUUCUUCCUGUCAGGACAUUAUUGAGGACCAACACUGGCUUACAAGCACCUACAUCAUGUUUGCUGUCCCUUACUUCGUCUACGACAUCUACGCCAUGUUCAUGUGCUACUGGUACAAGCUGCGGGUGAAAGGACACGAGGAGGCCUCGGCGGCCCCCCAACACAUGGGCUCUGCAGUGAGGAGCUACUUGCACCGCGAGUUCCUCAUGGUGCUGCACCAUGUUGUCAUGGUCACCGUCUGUUUCCCCGUGUCUGUGUUUUGGCGACAAGGAAAGGGAGACUAUUUCCAGGGCAUAAUGUUCAUGGCUGAGCUCAGCACUCCAUCCGUCUGCUUAGGAAAAAUACUCAUCCAGUACAAACAACAACACACUCUGCUGCACAAAGUGAAUGGGGCUCUUAUGUUGGUCACUUUUUUCAUCUUUCGAGUCCUACUCUUCCCUUACCUCUACUACGUCUAUGGAAGGUAUGCCUCUAUCCCCUUCCACAUGGUUCCCCUGACGGUACCCUGGCACUGUAACGUUGGCGCUGCUCUGCUCAUGGCACCCCAGCUCUACUGGUUCUCCCUCAUCUGCAGGGGCGCCCUGCGAUUAUUCACCGGCACAUCUCGCUCCCAGAGGCCGCGCGCGCCCACAGCCGACGCUAAGGAGCACCCGACGGACGGCAGCGCACUGCCGCAGCCCGCCAACGGCUACAGCACGCGCUCCACAGAGCCUGAGCUGACCACUCACUGAGAGGGGUGACGCCGAGGGGGUUGGGGGCGUGGGGGACGGGAGGGAGGAAAGGCGAAUGUACCAAUGAGUAUGUAAUGGGAAGGAAAGCAAAAAGUAAGACUUAAAACAAGUUGAGAUGAUGACCUCAAAUCACACUGAAGUGUUUAGAGCCAGCAGACAGUUAAACGAAUCUGUGGCUGACCUUCAAUUACUUCAGCCUGGUAGUAUGUAGGAACCAAAUGGAGCUUUAGGGCAUUCAGUAUUUAAGACGUCAUCAGGCACUGUGACGGAUAGGAACCUGCACUGACCCGAGAGGAAUUUGCCUGGAUAUUUAGCAAGCAUAGGUGGCUAUUUCCCUCAUGUAGAUCAAAUACAGUCCUAGCUGCCUCGUGUUACAGGAAGAGAAGGAAAAUAGGAAUGUAUUAUAUUGGAUGUUAGUAUGUUUGCUGUAGAUGAAAGGCCUGAUUCAGUUUAGUAAUGAAGAAGACCUUCCAAAAAAAAAAAAAAAAAGGCAAAAAAAAACUCAGCUAAGCAGUAUUUUGACUUGUUAGUGUUUAUCUGUAUCCUCUAUGUAGUCACUGUCAAUCUAACAAAAUGUAAGCAACCUGCAGACUGACUCAUCUGUAGAAGGGAGAUAGUGUCAUUAUACUGUAUUCUGCUGCCUUACCCCGUCCCCCCACUCUUCUAGUUGGCUUUCAGACGGAAAAAAGUGACAAUUGUACAUAGCAGAUGUAAAAUUAUCUUUUCCAAGUCAGUAUUAUGUGGAGGAGGGAAUGAUUUAAUGUAAUUAAUUAAUUUUCGGCUGGUUAGGGCUGCUGUGGUGGGAAGAAAAUGGAAUGGGAGUUCUGCUCAGAAGAUUAAAACUACUACGUCAAGAAGGUCGUAAUGAACUAGAAAAUACUAACCCCAACUUUACUCAAGUUAAACGAAGAUCCUAAUUCCCUAAAUAAAUUAAAAACAAAUGUUAUCCUUGGAAAUCUGUAAUCAAAUCAGGCGUUUUAAAAAGAAAUCUCACAUUUACAAGCAAAUCUUAGCUAGACAAUGUAUCACUUAAGUAGAAAAUAUUAACCCUAAUCUAUAGAAUUACAAAUUAAUAGACAAGCUUGCUUUAAUUUGUUGCAUUUGUUUCCUGCCCGAAAUCCCAAAAAACAGCCUGUGCUUUAUCCUUAGAAAACUUUAGGAACUCUUAGAUAAAAUCCGUACUUUGGAAUUUUAGUCAGAAAAAAAUUUAUAUAUUUUCUUCUAUGAUUAAAACAUUUUAAAUUAACCCUCAAUUGAUUAAUUUAUAAUAUUAGCCCUGUUUGAAAAGUUUUUGCUUGUUUUUAAAAGAAUUUCCUUUUUCUUGGAAAAUUUAGGGAAUCCUAAGUAAAAAUUAAAUCUUCAAAUUCAAAAUGUUUUAUUUUUUAAACAUUUGAAAAUUAAAACCUAGCUAAUUCUUUAGUUAAGAUUUCCUUAAAAUUGUAACUAAAAAAAUAACCUUAAUCUAUAAGUUUACAUAUAAAAUAAAAAGCUCACUUCUAUUUUUUCAGUAUGCUUUAAAAAAUUAUGGUAAAUUCUGGAUAAAAAUCAGUUGUUGGGAAUUUUACAUAAAUUUAUUGGCAUAGAAAAGGAAAAAGAUGUUCUUUAUUUAUAGCAGCGGUGUCCAUGUUUUAGCUCUCGAUAGCCGGUGCCUUGCAUAUUUUAGAUGUGCCCCUGAUUUAAAUGGUUCUAGUAGCUCCUCAACAUCUCAUUGAGUUCUGCAGAGGUUCUGGCAGUGACCCGUUAAAUCACAUCAGAUGUGUUGAAGCUCAGAAACAUCUAAAACGUGCAUGACAUCAGUCCUCGAGGACCAUUACUGGACACCACUUUGUUAAAGCAACAAUGCAUGCUUGCAUCUCUGCAGCAAUAAGGUUGGGAGCCGUGCUGAAGUUGAAGCCGCAGGGACAGAGCCGGUCUAAGGUAUAAGCAACCUAAGCAGCUGUGUAGGGUGCCUCCAAGCCAGCAGGGAGCCCCCAGAAGAGUGCUUGAUUUCUGCUCUAAAGGUUUCUGAAUGACAGAAUUAAAAUAAUAAAAAUGUGUCACUGCUACUGAUUCAUUAUUUGUUAUAUAAAUAUUGAGAAGUGAUAAAUGUUAAAACCAAAGACAAAACGGUCAAUUUAAUUGUUAAUAUUAAGCCAUGAAACUAGGGACGUUAAAUUAGUGGUGGCUGGUAGGUAAUGAGUGGACACCCAAAUCAAGUUCUGCUUUGGGCCUCAUGCAGCCUUUGUCCGGCUCUGAUCUUUAGCAGCAAUUUAUCACUUUAUUCUCAGAAAAGUUUUUUUUUUUUUUUUUUUUGCUAUCUUAUCCCUAAAUCUGAGUAAUAUUCCUAAUUCCAUGUUUUACUCUAACAGUCCUAAAAUGCUCUCACAUAUUUUUGCACCUGAUUAUUAUCCAGACCAUCAAGCGGUUGGUUUUACACCUUAGUGUUUGCAAGCUGUUGGUUUUAGCCGUGCUUCUUGUUUCCUUGUAGUUUUAACGUCUUUCCAUCCACUGGCAUCACCUCAUCCCAUUGUUGCCUCAAAAAAAACACACUUCCAGCUUCUGUUCUGUUUUUUUUUUUUUUUUUUAUGAGUUUGGUGCUGAUGUUGAUCUUAAAAUAUCCGUUUGCUUGGCAGGAUUAUUUCACAAAGGGAUUUAUGAGAUUUCAGUAUUGUUAAUCUUUGUCAGGAGGCGUUACAGUGUUUACGUUUGAAGGGAAACAAGAGUGGAAAGGUACCUUGCAGGGCAGCAUUCCCUCGUGACGGACCUUGCAGCACAUUUGUACUUAUUUAUUUUUAUUGAUUUAGUUUUUUUGAGUCUUAAAAGUUUUAAGACUUUGUAGAAAGCCCCAAUCAUUGAGCCACUGGUUCCAUGAACCACCUAUGAACAAACUGACUUGUUUUAUCACGUUAUGUUGCUUUAAUGCAGCUACAGUUUCCUGGGAAUUGGUCUAGAAAAUAUUUAAAAAAUAAUAAAAAAGGAAAUUUACAACGCAGCAUAAGGACAGGGUAGCGUGUGCCAAAGCAUUUGGUGACCUGUGGGCAUGUCAAAGACUGAAUAUCCAUUCCCCCGUUCUGUGGAUCCAUAAGGUACUGCUUCUUGACAAUACUGGAAAAUUUCAACUGCUGUACUGUAUAUAACACAAAUGCUUGUUAUUUAUUUGUAAGUAAUUAUUUAUUUAUUUAUUUGGUUUGUGGAUUUGAAUGCAUAUUUAUGCAUACAUAUACUCUAUGCUUCUAAGCCUUAGGUGAAGGCUGUAUUGUUACUCAAACUUAGCAAAAAUAUACUUCUCUGUCCUGA